AUGGACCAGAACACCCGUGACAUCAUCAUGCGCGAGUUUCGAUCAGGUUCUUCGAGGGUCCUCAUCACCACUGAUCUUUUGGCUCGUGGUAUUGAUGUUCAGCAGGUCUCGCUUGUGAUAAACUACGAUCUCCCGACUCAGCCUGAGAACUACCUGCACAGAAUUGGGCGUAGCGGGAGGUUCGGGAGGAAGGGUGUGGCGAUUAAUUUCGUGACUAAGGAAGAUGAUCGCAUGCUUUUUGACAUUCAGAAGUUUUAUAAUGUCGUGGUUGAGGAGCUCCCGGCUAAUGUGGCAGAUUUGCUUUGA